UGCUUAGAAAUUAGUAAGGGAUUAAGUAAGGAUAUUUAAACGGAGUUGAGUUUGAAUGAUUAUAAAUAAGGAUUAUAAUUGAUUACACAUGUUUAUGACAGGAUUACAACUGCGUAGGAAUUGGUAGUGGAUUUAAGUAAGGAUAUGUAAUUGGAGUUGAGUUUGGAUGAUUGCAAAUAAGGAUUACACAAGUAGGAAUUAUAUUGGGAUUACACCUGCUGGUAGAUUUAAAUAUUUCUGUCCUCUGUGCAUUGUUUUCCUUGAGCUAACUACAACUCUAGAUCUUUUUAUUGACAUGGGGGUUAUAUGGAGGUUGUUGCAGGUGUAAAUGAGAUCAGGUGUGUGAAUAGAGGUGAUUACAAAUAGGGAGAAUUACACUUGCAGGAAUUAUAUAGGAAAUGGUUCUUUGGGAUUUAAAUAGUGGUUACGGAAGAGUUACGAAAAAUAGAAGAGAUUAAUUGGAUGACUGAUUUUGGGCGCUGUAAAUUGAUUUCGUGAUCUUUUUCGCCGCUGGAACAAAAUAAUUAAUGAAAGAUGGACGAAGGAAGUAAAUAAAAGAUGGAUUGAUAUUUGGCUUCGUAAAUUGAUUCAUUGAUUAUUUUUUGCAGCGCUGGAACAAAGGAUCUUAUUUAUACUCCACGAAAAAAUACUAUAAAGAAAGCUUAAUAACUGCGUAUGUAGCCAGAUAUUCAUAGAUGAGCACCGUUAAUUCAUUCACUAACCUAACAAUUUCUGAGCCUCAUGCAGUCAACUGGUGGGAGUAAAUAAACACUUAAUUAUAGCGGGUGAGUAAUUGGAGAUGAAUUUUUAACAUCAUUACCACAAUAAAUAUAAUCAACGUAACACAAUCCUUGGGUGAUAUCUAACUAAAUUAAUCUUACGCAUGGCAAGUUUAGGCAAGUAUCUUUACAUUUUAUUCACUUUUGUUACUUGACCAUAUCGACGGAAAUUAGCGGAGUGUCUGGAACAAACUCUCUCAAAGAAUGAUCCCAGUUCAUGUUUGUUUGUUUGUUAGAGACUUAUUACUAAAAAAAAAAAAAAAAACGAUGUAACACGGCCUCACAAACUCAUAUUUGAAUUUAUUGAGAGAAGCACCUUUAUCAUCCAGUCUUCAUAACUGACUAUAGCGAUGAAUAAUAACUAUGUCAGAAACAAGCUCUGUUGAAGAAUAAUACAUGUUUAUUAGGGAGUUAUUCCUGAAAAAAAAACGAUGCAACACGCCUCUGAAACUCAUAUUAAUGCCUUGGGAAGUUACUAUAGAAGGUGUUGAUGAGACGAAACACUCAUCAACAUCAGGGACCAGAUUCUGAAACACUGCGCCGCACCUCCACUACUUUCAAAAGACUCUACAUGAAUUUUUAAGGUUGAUUUUACUAUUUUGGUGACAGACUAACACUAUUCCUACAUUAUUAAAAGGAGAAAGAGCCGCGAGAACCCGAUUAAUCAUCUCUUGUGGCCUCAGAAAACAGUCGUGGUGUGAGAGCAAGGCGUUUCUGGAUACGGGCGAAGGUUAGGAGGCGCAGCAGGUGAAGGUGAAGUCAUGUAUGGAGGUGAUGGGUGGAGGUCAACUUACAGUGCAUUGGCUUAACUGUAAGGGCAGUGACCCAGAUACCGCUGCCACGGGAACUCCAGACGGAGCUCACGGGCGGUGACGCUGCGGCUGCGAGGAUGCCUGGGGUAGGAGAGUAGGAAGAGGAGGAGGAAGAAGGAAGAAAAUUGAUGGUGUAAGAUGAACAGAAGAGAGGAAUAACGUGCAGAAAGAUAGUGGGAGUGGAGAGAUGUGCCUGUAGUAGUAGCAGUAGUAGUAGUAGUAGUAGUAGUAGUAAUAGUAGUAAUAGGAGGAGGAGUAGGAGGAAUAAUAAUAAUAGUAGUAGUAGGAGGAGGAGGAAACGAGAUUGCUUGAGUAGAUGAUGAAUCAAGAGGAAUAUGUAUUGGAAAAAAAUCAUGAUUAGUGCGGACAGAGAAAGAGGGAGAGAGAGAGGGAGAGAGGUGAUGUCGAGUGCAGAGAGGAGAGCAGGAGGAGGUGGGGGUAGUAGUGGUGGCGGAGCGGUGCCUGGCUGCCUAGCGAGCUUAGGUGUCAGUGUGGGAGAGGAGAGCGGGAAGGUUGGUGCUGCUCCCCCGUGUGUGAUCGAGCCACCACCACAACCUCCACCACCAUCACUACCGCGCCGUGCCAUGCCUCGUCUCCUGCGCUCCUCCCCUCCCUGGACUGAGGCUGGAUACUGCUGCUGGGUGCUGUCGUGUAGUCACUAGAGCGUUAUUUUCGACGAGAUUCAUCUGACUGACGUGAGUGUUGCGGAGUGCAGCACUAAGAACGUCAACCACAGCUUCCAGUGCAUCACCCCUUUCCGGAGUCUGGUGUUGGCAGCGGAGACGCGGCGAGAGAUGGAAGAGUGGAUUGCCGCCCUGAAGUCUGCGAACACCACCACUCACUACUAUGAGGGCACGGAGCAGGUCCAUUCGUUACUAUCAGGGCAACACAACUGGUACGCCACUUCCCACGCCCGCCCCACCUACUGCAAUGUUUGUCGCGAGGCCCUCUCAGGCGUCACCUCUCACGGCCUGAGCUGCGAGGUGUGUAAGUUCAAGACACACAAGCGAUGCGCAGCCAAGGCGAUCAACAACUGCAAGUGGACAACCCUCGCCUCUGUAGGGAAGGACAUCAUAGAAGACGAGGAUGGGAACUUAGCAAUGCCGCACCAAUGGCUGGAGGGAAACCUGCCUGUGUCUGCCAAGUGUGCAGUGUGCGAAAAGACCUGCGGCUCCGUGCUCAGACUACAGGACUGGAGGUGUCUGUGGUGCCGCUCAAUGGUUCACACGGCCUGUCGUCCUCUCCACCCCACCCGCUGUCCUCUUGGUCCCUGUCGCAUCUCCAUUGUUCCGCCCAUUGUCCUCUCCACCAUAGGAACAGAUGAAUCUUGGGAGGCCACCAGACCCCAGGGAUGCUCUCCCCUCCUGGUGUUUGUGAACAGUAAGAGUGGGGAUAACCAGGGAGUCCGGUUCCUGCGUCGCUUCAAGCAGCUCCUCAACCCGGCACAAGUGUUUGACCUGAUGCAUGGCGGCCCAGUGCUGGGGUUACGGCUCUUCAAGUGCUUCAACCCAUUCAGGAUACUGAUAUGCAGUGGAGAUGGCUCGGUGGGAUGGGUCUUGUCGGAGAUUGAUAAAUUACAUAUGACGAAUCAAUGUCAAAUAGGAGUGUUGCCACUUGGGACAGGAAAUGACCUGGCACGGGUGCUUGGGUGGGGUUCAGCCUGUGAUGAUGACACACACCUGCCUCAGACCCUGGAGAGAUAUGAGAGAGCCACCACCAAGAUGCUUGACAGGUGGAGCAUAAUGAGCUAUGUCAGCCAUGUGCCACUGCCUGCACAGCCCAAGUUAGAAAUGGAAACUCUACACUCCCAGGUGGCUCAGUAUGAGGACUCUGUGGCAGCUCAUCUUGCAACACUACUCCAAUCUGACCAACACUCAGAAGUCAUUGCAUCAGCCAAGGUGCUUUGUGAGACAAUCAAGGCCCUCACGGUGAAGGUUGGCAGGAGCUGGGGUGAGGCAUCCCACACCACAGAGGGCAGCGUGGACACCCAGGAGGACUCCCUGUCUGCCAAGUGCACUGUGCUGAAUGACAAGCUGGACCUGCUGCUGCGAGCCCUGCAUGAGGAGAGUGUGGCUUCCAUAUCAUCAGUCAGCACCACCACUGCCGAGGAGUCUUCUGUCAUGGAGGAGAGUCCAGACACAAGUAUUGACCUUGAUCCCAUUGAAAAGGGAUCCUCAUAUAAAGACAGCAAAAAUAUAAGUAAUCAGCAAAAGAAAAGAACGAAAAAGAAACACUUCAUUGAGAGAGAUGCCCUCAUGUCCCGAGCCAACAGUCUGAAGAAAGCUGUGCGAGAGAUAAUCGAACACACUGAAAAGGCUGUUGAUGAUCAGAAUGAGCAGACCCCCAUCAGACUACCUCCUCCCACCAUACUACUCCAGCCCUCAGAAGAUGUUGGUCAAAGUGAUAAACAUGGAGAAGAUAUGUCAGCUCUACAGGUCCUCCCAACCAUUGAAGGGUCAUCCACAGAAGCAUCCCCUUGCCCCUCACCCAUGCCAGGUGCCAAACCAGUAUUUGUAUCCUCAAUCACAACAAACUUUCCACUUCCCCCUGUCUCCCCCCUACCAAGUGUGCCAUCCACCCAUCCACUGCAUCUCCCACACCUAAGUCUGAGUCACCAACCACCUGCUGGCCCACCCACAAUGCUGCUCCACCCACCAGGGGCUACAAGUGACAGUGGCACUGUAGAUUCACUCGGGCUUAACUUUCAGAUGCUGUCACCUUUGCCAGACCAGCGAAGAGACAGUCACACUGAGUUUGAAUUUCCAGUUAACAUUCCUGUGCCUAGCGAAUUUGCAGACUUGUCAAGAAAAAGCAGCAUGGUUGAUGGAAGCUUUGCUCAUGAAAAAAGUGCUAUCUCUCUGGAAGGUAUAGAAGUCAGAAUCCAAUCCUCAACAGACAACCUCAUGGAUGUGUGUGAAGAUGAGCCAUACAUGUUUGAGGAGAAACCUAUCGAGGAAAGACGAGAGUCCUUACCGAGUUUAUUGGACAAAUCAUUUACAAUUGAUGAGGAUGUGGAACAUUCAGAGACAAAGAGUGAAAUAGAGGACAGAGACCAAGUGGAGGACAGUGGAAGUGCUGCUGGUGAGUCAGAUGAACAUGAUGAGCCGCAGGAAGAGGAGAAAGAGAAAACUGAAGAGCAGGAAAGUGAUGAAGCUGAUGAAACUGUAAAGGAAACACAGACAGGUGAUGGUGAAUUGGUUGAAAAUGGUGAGGACAACAGCACUCCAGAGGCUGAUUCAAGUGCAUUAGAUGACACAUCAAAAGAAGUGGAAGAGGAGGUUCAGGGUGCUACACAGCAAGAAGAGGAGGCAGAUGCAGUUUCCAUCAAAGAAAAGGAGGAAGAGGUGAGUCUUAUAAAAGAGGAUGCUUCCACACAAGAAGAGAAGGAGGAGGAAAAGGAGAAAGAAAAACAGGAGGAGGAGGCAACAGAAGUACAUCUUACAAAACCAGAUGAAGAAAUGGAGGCAGUGAGUGCAGUGGAUGAGGAGCAAGAAGUGGGUCUGAGACGGGAGGAACCAAUGGGAGAGGAUGCUGCUGCAGAACCAAGUACCCCACAGGUUCCUUUGGCUGAGGAGGAAGUACCUGAUAUCCCUGAGGAGGAGCUGGAGGCAGUUUUGGGAAGCAGUGGCGGUGGCCCACCAAUGGAGCGCAUUGUGGAGGGGGCUGAGGCUGUGACUGAGGAUGAGAUGGAGGAGGAAGAGAAAGCAUCAAGGCGUAUAUCUUCAGGCUCAACCCUGAAAAGUCAAGCCGGCCGCAUAUCCAUAUCUGCUGGGCGGGACAAGAACAGGAGUCCCGAUCGUGGGGGGCGGGGGUCCUUCUGCAAAGGGGUAGCUAGGGAUUCUACGGCUGCUCGCCCAUCACGCAAACACCUCCCUAUCAUCAACCCACUAGUCUCACUACCCAUGUGGCCAAACAUUACUGCCGGGGGUAGUACUGGCGGCCUCAUCAGGAAAGUGCUCCUUGCCAAUGCUGAUACACUGUGUGCUGCUGCCUCUCCUCUUAUGGACCUAGAUGACUCCUCCCUAGAGGGUUUCACUGAAAGAUGCAUAAUGAAUAACUAUUUUGGAAUUGGGAUUGAUGCCAAGAUUACAUUGGAUUUUCACAACAAAAGAGAAGAGCAUCCAGAGAAGUGCCGUUCAAGAACCAAGAACUUCAUGUGGUAUGGGGUUCUAGCAUCCAAGGAGUGGCUGUGUAAAACUUACAAAAACCUCGACCAGCGAGUACAGCUUGAAUGUGAUGGAGAAAGGAUCCCUCUGCCCUCAUUACAAGGCAUUGUUGUUCUCAAUAUUCCCAGUUUUAUGGGAGGCACGAACUUCUGGGGAGGGACAAAAGAAGACGACAGUUUCUUGGCACCUAGUUUUGAUGAUCGAAUCUUGGAAGUUGUAGCAGUUUUUGGCUCUGCACAGAUGGCUGCUUCUCGCAUAAUUAAUUUACAGCACCAUCGAAUAGCUCAGUGCUCCAGCAUUAAGAUCACAAUCCUGGGGGAAGCUGGAGAAGAUGGCGUUCCUAUCCAGGUUGAUGGGGAAGCCUGGACGCAGCCUCCUGGAAUAGUUCGAAUUGUUCACAAGAACAGAGUGCAGAUGCUAUGUAGGAAUCGGGAUUUAGAAGUAUCACUCAAGGCCUGGGAGGAGAAGCAGCGCAGCUUAGGAAGUCACACCAAACAGUUGACCUUGCUUGCUGAUGAAGAGCUGCCUGUCUUGGCAACAUUGGCCACUUUGGUUGCAGAUGUCAUUAGCCAUGUAAAAAUGGUAAUAGCAGCCAACCCCUGUCUGGAGGUAACCUUUGGGGAACUAGCCACCUCAGCCACUGCCAGCUUGGAGAAGGUGUGGCGGGAUGGCAAAAUCAUUGAAAGUCCUAACUUGAGAAUGUUGGCAACACAGUUGGUGCAUAACAUACGGCAUCUUCAGACAGAGAUUCUUCAUGCACUAAAGGAUGAUCCCACUAUAAUGAAUCAGACUCUCUCAGACAACCUUCAGACAGUUAUGUCUUCCCUUGAUGGUGUCUUGAAGUCAAAGUCUGUCCAUGAGAAGGACAGCCUUAUGCACUUUGCCUCAGAAGAGGAGGGAGAGCCAAAGAGAGUCCACUCCAAAGGACUAUUCAAGCUGAAACUAAAACGUGAUGGGCGAAGAGGAGGCUUUGAGAGGGAGGUGAGAGAGUGGGGUACAGAAGAGGUGGCAGCGUGGCUGGAUACACUGCUGCUAUCUGAGUACCAAGAGUCUUUCCUCAGCCAUGACAUCCGAGGUGCUGAGCUGCUCAAUCUGGAAAGGAGAGACCUAAAAGAGUUGGGAAUAACUAAGAUUGGUCAUAUUAAGAGGAUUCAGCAAGGAAUUCGGGAAAUCAAGGAGAGUAAGUCCCAUAGUUAAGUCUUACCUUGAAGUGUUUAAGAAGUUCAUUUUUACUGUCUGAAAGUUGAAGGUUGUUAGUUAUAUAGUAUCAGUCAUAUUUGAGUAUGUGAAGGCUUUAAUGGAAAUAUGUUAUAUCCAUGACUUACUAUAACCUGAUAUUCAAUCAUAAGGAAUGCGAUUCCUUCAAAAUUUCUCCAAGUACAAAGUGUUUUGUAUGAUUUUUUGUUUACAUUUUGAUUUUGAACAUAAUCCAAAUACACAUUGGACGUUGUUCAGUCAUAUUUAUUACAAAAUAGGUUAGAGUAUUUAUUUUAGACCCAUUAUAUGAUGAGAAGACUGUUUUAUGAGGAGAUAAUUGCUGACUGAAUCACAUGGUUUUGGUAGAGUUUUCAUUGUGAAGGUGUUUCUACUCUUCCAUGUUAUGAUGUUGAUCUUUCUAACUUCUUGCUAAAUUAAAUACUGUUUCUAAGG